UGCAUGGAGGAGGACAUCUGGCUUCCCUUCCUGUAGAGGAGGCUCAGGGCUGGGAGAGCGAAUCCUGGGGACAGGCUGACCAUGGAAGAUGGUGUGAAGGGGAACAGUAACACCACUCCAGUGUCUCAGGUUCCCGUCAAGGCUGGAUGGUUAAAGAGAAGUAGCGGGUUGCUAGGCCUGUGGAAAGAACGCUACAUUCUGCUACUUAAAACACAGCUUCUCUUGUGUGAAAGCGAGGAUGAACAAAAAUGUCUGGAAACACUGGAGCUUGGAAGUUACGAGAGAUGCCAAGAUCAGAAAGCCUUCCUUAAACGCAAAAGACAUUUUACACUUAUCCCUUCCCCAGGAACCAAGGUGCAAGAUGUCAAAUUUCAGGCCAAAAAUGCAGAAGAGAGGGAUGCAUGGAUCCAGGCUCUGAAUGAGGGAAUAAGCCGAGGCAAAAACAAAAUCUUGGAUGAGGUAAAGGUGGACAACACCAUUUCUUUAGAGCAUGUGACUAGGGACCGAGUAAAGAUGGGAGCUGCGAAGAGAAGACCACCUACUAGGGUACACCUCAAAGAAGUAGCAGAGGCUGCAUCAGACGAUUCUUUAAGGCUAGGCCUUGAUAUUUUGAAGACUGAAGUUUUAACAGUUGUCCCUCGCAUCCCUGAAGAAGUGAACAUUGGUCUCUCUGUGGACCCUCGCAUCCCUGAAGAAGUGAAUAGUGGUCCCUCUGUGGUAACUCACAUCUAUGAAAAGUCUGAACAGCAAAAGGAACCUGAAGAGAAGGAGAAAAAGACUUUUAAAAUUCCAAUGCCCCCCUCCAAGCCAAUUCCUCCUACAUCCACUGAGGUGCUCCACCCAGACACAACAGAUAGUGACUCUCAGAUACCUCGCCCACCAUCCCCCCCAUCAAAAACACUCAAGGAAUGUGUUUAUGCCCGAGAGAAGCUUUUGUCAGAGGCAGAAGAAACAAACGAUAUAAUGAAACCUGAACUCAAGAAACUUAGCCUUGAAAAUCUGGAAGUUACCACAAACACUCCUCCUAAACCUCCUCCAAAGAUCUUAUCUGAUAAAAUGAAGAUUAAGUGGGUGGGAUCUUCAUCCAAUCAUAUGGAGUUAGAAGGUAUUAAAUCACAGGAGAAAGGAAGCAAAGAGAACCUGGUAAACUUUGACUCUGAUGAAGGUAGAAGAUCACCAAGUCCUCCUCCAAAAGUGUUAUCUGAAGUUAUGGAAGCUCAGGACUUGAAACAUAGCCUAAGCAGUCUUGAUGGUGAAAGUAAGGACGACUCUAACCAAUCAGAUGAUCAAGAAAUAGCUGAUGCAAUAGAUGAUCUUCAAGAGCUGCCUGGGGAAAGCAGUGAUGAACAAAUGCCUACUAUGGCAGAAGAUGAAGAACAGUCAGAAAUUGAUGAAAUCCAGACAAAUGAAACUCUUGAGAAAAAAGAAUCCUUUGAACAACUAAAUGGAGUUUUAGAGACCUCAAAAGUACCAGACGCCGUACCCCACAUGACUUGCAAGUUAGCCGCAUCGAGUAUUUUGAACACAAAACAAAGAUCAUCUUCCAUGGGAGAUUUACUGUCAGAAGCUAGCACAGAUGAUGGAAGUAAGAACAGGCAGAAAACCAAUGUGUUGCAGUUCACUAAGGACUACUUUUAUGAGAUGGAGAUGAAGCUGGCUAGUGGAAGGGAAAAAACUGAGACCCUUCUAAACCAGGUUUUGCAGGGUCAGUUGAUAAAGAGUAAUGAGGGCAAUGGGCCAGAAGUUAAUGCAGAGGAACUUCUGAAUGAGGCAGUACAACAACUUAGAGAAGCAUCACAGGUAUUGCAGGAGAUCAAAGAAUCCGGAAAUUUAUCAAACAUGCCUGAGACAAUAUCUGAAAAACAGAAAGAGAAGCAGAAGGAACUAGUGACUCUCUACAGGAGGAGUGUACCAUAGCGCUGUUUUGGGGGUUUUAUUUUUCCUCUUUUUUUACAUUUUUAAAAAAAAAAAUAUUUUUAGUGAUAUAUUGAGAUGACGUCUGGGAGACAACCAACUUCAAAAACCGCUUUGGAACCAUUUUACAUCUCCGUCUUUCAUUUUUAUGGCUACCUUAGGAUAAAAUGAACAAGAAGUCAUGUAAUUCAUACUGUUGCCUCUUAGUAUUUUGCAAACCACAUUUCUAUAUUUUGUCUGUGGCUGUUCUCUACAUGUUCCUAUGCUCAAUCAAGACUUUUCUUUGUAAAAAAAUCUUUGAAGGACUCUUGAGAAAUACUUACGUAAUUUGUCAUAAAAUGUCCAUUAAUAGGGUUACCAUCUUGCAGUACUCAAUAUCCAAUAUCCAAUAUCUCAUUACACUGAGACAGCCUGGUCCUGAAAAGUCAUCUAUUAUAUCACUUCACUGUUUUGUAUUCAGGGUUUUGCUCCACAUAACACUGUACUGAGGAGAUAGAGUUUUUAUUUAGGCAUUUCCCUGUUAAAAAGGGGGAAUAUGUUUGCUGGCAGUCUUUGACAAAGAACUGGUUAACAUUACAAGUCGUAUUACAGUCCCAUUUCCAGCGAAUGUUCCCGGUUUCCCUUGUGAUACAAAGUUGUUUAUUUCCUCUGCAAGCAGACUCUUUGUCACCCUGUACUCUCCUCCCUCCUGUAGGUCUUCCAUCAAAUGUAGGGUCUAUUCAAUAGAGAAAGGGAGAGAAUUGAGAAGGGAUUUGUGAAUUUCAAACCAAAAUAGCAAAUCUGAAUAUUUUUUAAGUUGUCCUUUUUUCCCCAGCCCAUAUAUUGGCCCCAAAUUGUCAAUUCCCUUUUCACUUCUCAAUAAGUAUUUUUUUAAAGCACCCAGAGUCUGCUAUAUAUAUGCAAGCUGUAUAUAAAAAUAUUUUCCAUACUGCUUUU